AUGCCGUCGUUCUUCCAUUCUCUGGCUCUCAAUGCUCUCUUGGCUGGCGCUCUUGUGGCCCAGGUCACCCAUGCCUAUCCCCAACCUAUCGUGCAUUCGGAAGAUUAUGACAGUAUCACCAGUGUACCAGUCUCAAUGGUGCCUUCUGUUGGUGGGGCCGAUGGUGAGCUGUACAAGCGUACGGACGAUCUGAAAAUCGCCCAAGAACCGGAUAAAAGCUACAGCUGCCCUGCGACGAAUAACUAUGGAGAGACGUCAUACACCUCUGGACAGCUCAAAGUUGCUUUUAUCAAGGCAGCGCAAUACGCCAACAAUGGCCAGCAGAUUGGAGACAGAAACUACCCGCAUACCUUUGGCAACGGCGAAAAUCUUCCCUUCCCCUGCGGCAGGAGCACCAUGGAAUUCCCCCUGGAUCGAGACAGUCCGGGCACCGUAUACAGUGGGCAGAGCGUGAGGACCUUGCCAGACCGUCUCGUCUUUGAAUUUAAGGAUGGCAAAAAGGAGGGAAAGGCAAAGUUCUGCGGGGCGAUGCGCCAUGGAAACAACGGCGAUUUUAUCAACUGCACUUAG